CCAGAGAAGUUAUCGAAUAUCUUGCCGCCCUGGCACUUUAUUGUAUUGGGUGUUUGCCUUGAUCUGGUUACACUCGUUCUCAAAUACGCUAGUGGUUCAGAAUGGCUGCCCGCCGCAUCGCCCAAUCCUCGAUCAACUGGUCCGCUCUCGCCGAGCGAGUGCCCGCCAACCAGAAGAGCAGCUUCGGUGCCUUCAAGACCAAGUCGGACAUCUAUGUCCGCGCCGUCUUGGCCAACCCCGAAUGCCCGCCUCAAAUUGAUUGGGCCAACUACAAGAAGCUGAUCCCCGUUGCCGGUCUCGUGGACAACUUCCAGAAGCAGUAUGAAGCCCUGAAGGUGCCCUAUCCCCAGGACAAGGUCUCCCCCCAGGUGGAUGCCGAGAUCAAGGCUUCCCAGUCCGAGAUCGAUGCCUACAAGAAGGCCUCCGAGCAGCGCAUCCAGAACUACCAGAAGGAGAUCGCCCAUCUGAAGUCGCUGCUGCCCUACGACCAGAUGACCAUGGAGGACUACCGUGACGCAUUCCCCGAGAGCGCCCUCGACCCCCUCAACAAGCCCACCUUCUGGCCCCACACUCCAGAGGAGCAGGUCGGCUACAAGUCCAAGGAGCAGCUGGAAGCCGAGGCCCAGGGACACCAUUAAAAAAAUCGAAAAGGAGGACUCUGGCUUCGUUGGUCGUCUGUUGAUUCGAAAUGUAAUCCACGUUGAAGUAAAUCACCCAAAUUAAAUUCAUUUCAAUGAA